CACAGUCACACAUAACACACACAAGACACAACCUAUCCCAUUUCCUUCAUCUUCCCCAAAUCACCAAACCCUAUACUUACAAACCCAACACCAAAUCCUCCUUUGACCCAUACCAUUGUCUACAUGGGUUCCAGCAAAGCAUCAAUUCUACUCACACCACUUGUACCCCAUGCAUCACCACUUGUACAUCUUCCCAUCUUCUCUCUCUUUUAUCCCAAAAAACAAGACGAACCGUUCAACAUUUUCUCUCUCUAUAUCUCUCACUCUAUCUCUCUAUAUCUCUCUCUGUAACUAAACUUUUUACUCUCAGUUCAAAAAAUCCCACCCUUUUCCCCUCUCUCUCUCUAACCCACUUUUCUUUUUCUAGAGAGAGAAACAUACACCCAAAAAAAUUCUAUCUUUUUCCACCAUGGAUACAGUUGAAGCUACUAAAAUGGUGAUGUCAAGAAUCCAGAAAUUAGACCCGGAACACGCUUCCAAAAUCAUGGGUUACAUUCUUAUUCAAGAUCAAGGUGAUAAUGAGAUGAUUAGGCUCGCUUUUGGCCCUGAAAACCAUCUCGUUUCCGUUAUAAAAAAAGCUAAAUCUUUCUUAGACAUUUCGUCGAACAACUCAUCUGCAAACCCUCAAAUCAUCGUUCCGAAUAACAAUGGGUUUCACCACACAAACCCUUCUUCCCCUAGCUCCCCCUGGUCGGUCUCCGACCACCGUAGCCCCCGGCCGGCUAGUUACGCCGCCGUGGUGAACGGUGGCGGCUCAUCUGGCUCCUCAUUUUUCUCAAACUUCAACGACUGUAACGAAGAUUACGCCUCUGUAACUUCCGUCAACAUCCCCCAAGUUGUCCCAGAUCAUCAUCCUCCGCUGUUUGACGACCCCCAAACCGCCGAUUUAAACGGCGGUUUUUCAAACUGGGGCGAUGACGUCAGCGGCGAGUACGGUGACGUCACCCACCCACAUCAUCAUCAUUUACACAGAAGAAGCUGCUCAGUUAACGACGCUUACAUCUCCGGUGGUGGGUUCUGUGGGAAUGGGGGCGAUGACGUCAGCGGAGGGUACGGUGACGUCACCGGCGGUGGGUGGAGGCCUUGCAUGUAUUAUGCAAAAGGGUUUUGUAAAAAUGGGAGUUUAUGUAAGUUUGUUCAUGGUAAUAAUAACAAUGGUGGGUUUGUUGAUGAAUUAGGGUUUAGUGGUUGUGGUGGUGGUGGUUCUCCUAGUGGAAAAAUGGAUGUUUUUGAAGAUUUGAUAAGGUUUAAGGUUAUACAACAACAUCAACAACAACAACAGCAGCAGCAGCAGCAACAAAGAUUUGGAGUUAUGGGUCAUCAUCCUUUUCAGUUGAAUAGGUGCAUGAACUUUGUGAAUGAGAAUCCUAGAUCAGCAGCAGCAGCUGCAUUGAUGAUGGGUGACGAGUUUCACAAAUUCGGUCGUUGUCGACCCGACCGAAAUGAUUUUGGAACAAUGGGUUUCGGGAACUCGAAUUCGAGUUCGCGCCAAAUUUAUUUAACUUUUCCGGCCGAUAGUACUUUUAAAGAGGAAGACGUUUCGAAUUACUUCAGCAUGUUUGGACCGGUUCAAGAUGUGAGGAUCCCGUAUCAGCAAAAACGGAUGUUCGGGUUUGUUACGUUUAUGCUUCCGGAGACUGUUAAAGCGAUUUUGGCAAAGGGAAACCCGCACUUUGUUUGUGAUUCACGGGUGCUCGUUAAGCCAUAUAAAGAAAAGGGAAAAAUACCCGACAAGAAGCAUCAGCAACAAAUUGAAAGAGGCGAUUUUUCGAGUUGUUUGAGUCCAACCGCACUCGAAUCCGCUGAACCGUUCGAUCAUAUACCAUUUGGUGCUCGAAUGUUUAAUCAUGAGAUGAUGAUCCGAAGAAAAAUAGAGGAGCAAGAACUACAACAAGCAAUCGAGUUUCAAGAUAGACGAUUGAUGAAUCUGCAACUUACCGACAUGAAAAACCAUCAGUUUCAAAGGAGUUUAUCCGUUUCGUUACCAACUCAUAUACACCAAAAUCUUGUGUUUCCGUCUGACGGUUACAACAACGAAGAACAUGUUUCCGGAGGUAACAAUCGAUCUAAAACAUGUGACGUCGCAAACGAAGAACUUGAAUCUGAUCCCAAUGUGGAAACCCCCAAGAAUGAAAGCUUAGAGCCUGCACUUCCUGAUAAUCUGUUUGCUUCCCCGACAAAAUCGACCACUACAGACAACGAGAAUAAUUUUUCAGCUGAUGUGUCGGAAACUGAUUAUACCGGUGCAAUUCCGAUUCAUGUUCCUUCCAAAUGCCAAGAAGCCAUUGAAAUGUAGGUGAUUUUCAGCUGUGCAAUGGCGAUCAUGGAUCGGUUUUAACUUUGCUUGGAGUAGGAUAUACCAAGGGGAAAAACACCAUCAACACCAAAAGAAAAAAAGAAAAAGAAAAGAUGUAUUAGGAAGACUUCAAGAUUAUGGUCAUCUUCAAUAUCUCAAUCCCCAUACUACUUACAACUAUACAUAAAUAUGCAAUACAUAAAAAACAAGGAUAGAUGAGAGCUAGUUUUAUGAGUAGGGUAUCUUUGUUUGUUUAACUUUUGUACUGGACCCCCACCCUACCCCACCAAACACUUAUUGAACCAUGCAUAUAGCAAAUCAAAAGAAAAAGGGUAGUAGUGGUUAACUUUUUUUUUACUUGUCAAGUUUCACUUGCCAGCCUUUUAUCUGUUUUUUAUUCAA